AUGGCCUCAGGAAAUACCAUUGUUCAGAAUUCAUUGUGCUUUGCUUUCCUCAGUUAUGGUUCUCCUAGUCAUAGCAAUGCUACCAAGUGCAAUGGCAACAGAGCAGAUCAAUUUCCACCAGGAAAUCUAUUUGUAGCAGUGAGUGAAGGCCUGUGGGACAAUGGGGCAGCGUGUGGCAGGCGUUACAGAUUGAGGUGCUUGAGCGGCUAUAACAAGCCAUGCAAGGAUGGUACUGUUGACGUUAGGGUGGUGGACUUCUGCCCUAGAAGGCCAUGCCCUGCAACUAUUGUCAUGUCCAAUGAUGCUUUUGGUGCCAUCUCUCACUCCCCAGACGCGAAAAUCAACGUUGAAUUCAUUCAGUACAAAACUCAUCUUUUUCUAUCGCCUUCUUUUAUUUUCUUCCUGACAUGCUUCUACUUCUUCUAA